UAUUUAAGAACACAGUGGACUAAACUGUACAAACCUCUGAUGUCAGUAUGUUAAUAUGUAUUUUCCUCUUUGUUCCAGUGUGCCUCACCUUCCUCGGGAAGUUUUACCAGUCGCUCAACGACAACGAUGUGAAGUUCAACAGCGCAGACAUCGAGAAGGCGAUCGUAAAAACCUGCAAGGAUGCGAAAGGCAAAGAAAACCGCUUCUGUUACUACAUCGGUGCAACAGCUGACGCAGCCACCAAGAUGAUCAAUGAAGUUUCCAAACCGCUCAGCCACCAUGUCCCAGUGGAGAAGAUCUGUGAGAAACUGAAGAAGAAGGACAGCCAGAUCUGUGAACUGAAAUAUGACAAACAGCUGGACCUCACCACGGUGGACCUGAAGAAGCUCAAAGUGAAGGAUCUGAAGAAGAUCCUGGAGGAGUGGGGCGAGUCCUGUAAAGGAUGCGCAGAAAAAUCCGACUUCAUCCGCAAAAUCACAGAGCUCAUGCCCAAGUACGCCCCAGCAGCCGCCAAGGCACGGACAGAACUGUAACACAAUAAAAAAAAAAACAAAAAAAACAACCACACAACUUUGGACUUGAUUUGGACCAGACUGCUGAGGACCGGGAGCGGAGCAGGGAGCUCUGUCUGUCUCAGUCUUCUGUUUUUAUUUUUUAUUUACAGGGAUUCACUCGUCUGGUAAUUUUGCACAGAUUCAGAAGUGGAGAUAAUAGUGGACACACACACACACACACUGUACACCACAGUAAACGUUUAAAUCCGUGUGAAGGUCGAGAGGUUUCAAGCUUGAGGAAGUAAAUUUAAAAGAGAAACUAGAGGAUCAGGUUUUGUGACAUAUUUAAAACUUUUCAUAGGAAGUUUUAUUCUCCAUCAGUGUCAGAAUCAUCAAGUCGGAGGGGAGAUGCUCAAAUCCGCCACAGCAGAGCUCGGUUGUGUCCCAGGAUUCAAAUCCACAGCUCGCUCAUCAACAAACCUCGUCCGCUGCCUCGGCCAAACCUCAGCGGCGAGAUGCUCUUUGACAGAGUUGUCAUGUUUUUGAGGAAUUUGUUAAGUUUCUUGUAAAUCUGCUCAACUUUACUUUCCAUGAUGUUCUCAUCGAGGAGAACCCCCCCCCCCCCAAACACUUACAGAAACAUUUGCUGAGAUCUCCCUAAAGGCAACAAGAUCUACCUGUAAAUCUCACUAACUGCCAGUUUAUACCACAUUUAUGUAACCUGUACAAAACAUAGUGUGAGAACGAAGGUGAACGAGCUGUGGCUGCUUCCCACAGUGUCAGAGGUUUGUUAGAAGUGUGUAGGAUUUAGGAGGAUCCACUGGUAGAGAUGAAAUCUUCAUGUUCUUGAGUUUAAAAUGAUCUAAAACCAAGAUGCUGUGUUUUUGUUACCUCAGAAUGAGCUCAUGUUUCUACAGAAGCCCAGAAUGGACACACCACAGCUUUCAUCCGCCCGCACGCCCUCCUACAUGCUCGGAAAGAAAGUGUAAUAUGCCUUUUCACCACAAGGUGCCACUAAAUCCUACACACCGUUCUUAAAGGCUUGUGACCACCGACGAGUCGAGACUUUCGCAUCUUUUACCUCCGCUGUUGUCUUUGUGUUUUGGUGUACUGUUAACGAAGUCAGCCAUGAUCCAACGCAGAGUUGAGUCAAACAUACGAACAAUUAUUAAAACAGGUCUAAUUAAAACUUGAAUCCCAGGAAAAUGUAAAUUCAAUACAAUAAAGAUGUUUUCAGACAUGAACUCUGGAAAAUGUCCUGACAAUGUGAGCCGGACAUUUUCUGUUUGUUUCUCAUGUGAAGAAGCAGCAGGAGAUUGUCCGGGUCAGACUCGAUCACAACAGGAAGUUGUGGUUCGUGUGGACAUUAUCUGGAGUAACUCUCACUUGGACCUGUGCGUUGUCACUCACAGCCCCUCCAGAUGAGUUCAGGAGAUCGUCUGCAGUUCGUGUUUGAAAGCAUCUUAAGAAGCCAGUGGUGAUCAGCUGUGAGACUGGAAUCUGGGGCAUUAAAUCGUGUUCUUUGUUUGUCUUAGGAAAAGAUUAAAGUUUGAAACACAGCAAUGGUUAAACUAACCUGAACAUCUGAAUCCGAUCUAAAUGAUCAACCUCACUGAUGAUGUGGAUCAUGGUUGACGUCUGCUGAGGAACGUUCACUUCAUCUCUGAUUCAGGAAGGUUCCGCAGUCCUUCCUCUGUCAGUUAAAUGUUUAGGAGAUAUAUUUAUUUAGGACUUUUUUAAGACUCUUUCUGAUCCUUCAUUGUUUUUCUGCUUCUUUUGGGUUUUUUUUUUUUCCUGUUUCGUUCGGUUUCUGUGCUGCAGCAGUUUUAAUGUCGUGAACAUUGAAACUGAUGACAUGCUGAACGUCUCAGCUUAAAUCCAGUCAGGCAUUGGAUCGUGGGAAACGUUGAAAUUCAAAAUAAAAACGUGAAAUUGAAUCAGUGGGUGAAUAUUUGCUCUCACUCACCGUCACCUGCUGUUUAUCACAAGUUCAGCGCGGUUUGAAUAUUCAUGUUUCCGAACAUGAAAACAACAUUCACGUGUUUCUGUCAUAUGUGGCAGUGACAUGUGAAACUUGACGGUCUCCGUCAGGAGGGGUCGGUUUGUUGUGUGAUGAUGACAUGUACUCUAAAAAAAGACUUGUUAUGGGAAAUGAAAUCUUAAAACCUGCUGUUGUUUCACUGUGACCUUUAGAACUAAGGUGCAGUUCUUUGUUACAACUGUACUAUUCUACUUUUUAAUUAAAACAUGAGAAACUC